GGAGGAGAGGGAGGAGAGAGGGGAGGGAGGAAAGAGAGAGAAAGGGAGCUGCUUGGAUCCCGUACUUCCCAGAGCCUGCCUGGAGCGCGCACUCAGCGGCUCUCCGGGUCCCAGCGUCCCAGCCGUGGCCCGCGCCCCGCACCUCCUCCUCCUCCUUCGGUCUGGGCACCCCUCGCCCCCUCCCUCCGGCCCCCGCUAGGCUCGGGCAGCGGCCGCCCUCAGCCCCUACUCGGCCACCUCCCCGACUCUCUGGGCUCCCUCCUGGGACGCGCGCCCUCGCCCCAUCCUUUCUUCCUUCCUUCCUUCCCUUGCGCCCGCCCUCCCUCUCCAGGUCUCCCUCCCGGGUCCCGAUUGUCUCCGUCCCCUUCCCAGUCGGCCCGCGCCUCGCCCUGCCCCGUCUCUCCCUCGCACUUCCUGGGUCGCCCGCCGCCGCAGUCUCGCCUCGCCGCGGGAGUCCGAGCCGCCGGUGCCCCGGCUCCAGCCCCCGCAGCCCGCGGCGCCCGCCCGAGGGAGCCCCGGCGCCCGGGGAAGGGAAAAGUGGGCGAGCGCGCCCUCGCCCAGCCCCGCGCCCCAGCCCUGCCCGGCGAGGAAGGACCGGGAAGAUGAACAACGGCGGCAAAGCCGAGAAGGAGAACACCCCGAACGAGGCCAACCUUCAGGAGGAAGAGGUCCGGACCCUAUUUGUCAGUGGUCUCCCUCUGGAUAUCAAACCUCGGGAGCUCUAUCUGCUUUUCAGACCAUUUAAGGGCUACGAGGGUUCUCUUAUAAAGCUCACAUCUAAGCAGCCCGUAGGUUUUGUCAGUUUUGACAGUCGCUCAGAAGCAGAAGCUGCAAAGAAUGCUUUGAAUGGCAUCCGCUUCGAUCCUGAAAUUCCGCAAACACUACGACUAGAGUUUGCUAAGGCAAACACGAAGAUGGCCAAGAACAAACUAGUAGGGACUCCAAACCCCAGUACUCCUCUGCCCAACACUGUACCUCAGUUCAUUGCCAGAGAGCCAUAUGAGCUCACAGUGCCUGCACUUUACCCCAGUAGCCCUGAAGUGUGGGCCCCGUACCCUCUGUACCCAGCGGAGUUAGCGCCUGCUCUACCUCCUCCUGCUUUCACCUAUCCCGCUUCACUGCAUGCCCAGGUUCCCAGCCCCCCACCUGCCCCGGGGCUGUGUCCCAGUCCUGUCCUUUACCACCUGUCUCAGGAAGGCAGCUCCAACUCUGCCCUUUGCUUAGUGAGCAAGUGGAUUCAGAUGCACAAAGCCAUAAGCCAUGGAUGCGCUGGCUCCCUCCCUCCGAGGCUACUUCUCAGGGCUGGAAGUCCCGUCAGUUCUGCUGAAUACUAUGCUUGAACAAACCUUGCCCAGUUUUGAUCCCUUCAAGACUUUGCCACAGCCUCUAUCACACAUCUGUUUUUCUCGAAG